GCUGUCCGCAUGGACCAUGCCCCGCCGCAGGCCUUGCCCGAGGUGUGCUUCAUUGGCCGAAGCAAUGUGGGGAAAUCCUCUUUAAUCCGGGCCUUGUUUUCCCUGUCUCCAGAAGUGGAGGUCAGAGUGUCAAAAACUCCGGGCCACACCAAGAAGAUGAAUUUCUUCAAAGUAGGGAAGUACUUUACUCUGGUGGAUAUGCCAGGAUACGGCUACCGUGCCCCACAAGACUUUGUGGAGAUGGUGGAGGCCUAUCUGCAGGAACGGCACACCUUGAAGAGGACUUUUCUGUUGGUUGAUGGUGUAGUAGCACUCCAGAAAACAGAUCAUAUUGCAGUAGAGAUGCUGGAAGAGUUUGGGAUUCCUUACGUGAUGGUGUUAACAAAAAUUGACCGGGCUUCCAGGGGACUGUUGUUAAAGAACGUACUUGAGAUCCAGGAGUUUGUAAAGGAGAAAACUCAGGGAUGCUUUCCUCAGCUAUUCCUGGUCAGUUCUCGGGAUUUUUCGGGGGUUCACUUGCUAAGGUGUUUUGUAGCCCAUAUUACUGGAAACCUGCCUACUGUAGAGACCAGCUGAGGAGACUGGCUCCUGAUCUGCUCGGCUCAUCCAGAACAAAAGG